AUGAAUGUUGGGGUGGGGUGGUGUACAACUCUUGGAGGUGGCUUUGCUCCUUCUAUAGGCGUAAAUCUUAUUGUAACAUUUACUCUUGGAAUACCCUUCCGCUUUCUUGUUUUGAUCGGUAGGAGUAUUUCCGUUGUGUUCUUUCGGAAAAUUACAACAUUAACUUCACUCAUCUGUUCCGGCAUUCGCUUUCUUGAUACUAGUCACAUAAUUCUCAUUGCACAAUGUUUUCCUUUGCUUCAAGAACUCGACCUCAGUUUUCCUAAAAAAUGCAGCUACAACAUCCUCAAUGGGCUACUACAACCACUUGAACCACUUUCAUUGGCACUUUCCAAACUCCGAAAGGCUGGUCAUAGCUAUAUCAAUGAUCCAUCUCUCUUCCACUUGUUCAAGAACUGUGAAUUUCUUGAAGAGGCCAUCCUAUUUGGCUGUCAUCGACUAACCAACUCUGGUAUUGUCUCUGCUCUAGCUGAGAGACCAACACUGAGGUCUUUAUCCUUUACCAUUUAUUCUGAACCACGAGAUUGUUCAACUUUGUUUGCACUCCUUAAGAACACUCUUUCACUUACUGAAAUCCGAAUGGAAUACAGCCUCAACAUUAUUGUACAUAAUUCUAAUUCUUUUAUGGACAUUUUUGUAAGACCUCAAUUAGAGUCCCUUCGGCUGGCUCACAAUUCAUGGUUGAGUGAUGAAAGCAUCAAAGCAUUUGCUUCCGUUUUCCCCAAUUUGCAGCUACUUGUUCUGAGUUAUUGCACUAACAUAUCUGAACAAGGUAUUUUUCAUAUUUUAAGGAGAUGUUGUAAGAUUAAACAUUUGAAUUUAUCCGGCUGCUUAAGAGUUAAGCUACUUGGAAUGAACUUUGAAACUCCCAAACUAGAGGUGUUAAACUUGUCACGUACACAUGUUGAUGACGAGACACUCUUUGUGAUUUCAAAGAGUUGUCGUACGCUUUUGCAACUGUUGUUGGAACAUUGUAAUGAUGUCACGGAUAAGGGAGUGAAACACGUGCUAGAAAACUGCUCACAAUUGAGAGAGAUCAAUUUGAGAGGUUGUCUUAAAAUGCACAAAGAUGUUUUUCACUCAAUGGUAUUUUCAAGGCCAUCAUUGAGGAAGGUAAUUGUUCCGACUCGGUCUCUUUUCAGCAACAAAGAGUUGAAACUCUUGUCGCGUCAAGGAUGUCUUUUCUGCAAGUAA